CGUUAAAAACAGACUCACAAUCAAUCACAAACGGUUUACAAACGAAAUACACUAAGAAGAAUUAAAAAUAAUCAUAUUUUAUUAUUCCUUCCGGGUGGCUUCAUGUAGGUGCUUGAUCGGAACUAAAUUGGAACUAAAUUUGUAACGAUUUCAUACUCAAAACGAGCUAUGUAUAUGAAUAAGUUUUGACUGGUAUAAAUGUUUCCUUUAUCGAUUUUGAUCUAUCGAUCUUUUUUAAAUUUGAAUAUAAGGAAGUUUUAAAAUACUGUAUUAAGCACUUGGUUAUUGUUAAAAAUAUCUAAUAGAAGAUUGUUGUAAAUGCUGGGAAUGUUUAAUAAAUUACAAGAUAAUUUAUGUUGCGAGAAAGGAUCAAGCGAAAACAGUUGAGAAACACUGAAGAUAGUGAUAGCGGUAGGAGGUGAACGUUGAGACUUGGGCCACGCUUGUCAGUCGUCGUGAAAGCGAUUGUUGGCCGGGUGGAUUGUUGUGAUGAUCUGUUUGUUUAAAUUCAUACAAUGUCCAACCUUUUACGAAGUCUGGUCUUCGGAGUGCUUGUUAGUCUCGCGAACACCAGCAUGCCUCAUCUCUGGUACGAAACCUUACCAGCGGUGGCCUUAGACUAUAAAGUUCAUAUCGAUGCUGGGAAAGAAGAUUGUUACUUUCAAUAUGUUAAUUCGGGCGCAACUUUCUACGUAAAUUUUCAGGUGGUACGAGGUGGAGAUGGGAAAGCUGGUUUUGCGAUAAGAAAUCCAGAUGGAAUAAUAGUUCAUCCCUACCAGUGGGUUUCUAAUUCGGAUUACCAAGAUACAGUGCAGAAUGCUGGUUACUACAGUAUUUGUAUAGACAACCAAUUUUCUAGAUUUGCAUCAAAAUUAGUUAAUUUAUACAUCACAGUAAUCAGGUACGACGAAUGGGAUAGGUAUUCGAGAGAACUGGAAGAACUGAAUCUUUCUGUAGGGAACUUUACGUCGGCGCUAACUAAUGUUGAGAGAAACAUUAACGACAUACUUCAGACUCAACAUUUGAGUAGAAGUAGAGAAGCCAGAGAUCUAAAUUUAUUACUGGAUAACAAUUCUUAUGUCCAAACAUGGUCCAUCGCGCAAAUAAUCGUCAUAUUGGUAACGACAACGAUACAGGUAUAUUUUGUAAGGAAAUUAUUCGAGGUGAAACCGUCUAAAUAUUCGAGAGCAGGUAUAUAAAGAAGAAAUUUCUUUCACGAUAAAAAAGUAACGUCAGAUUUGUUGGAUUUGUAAGUUAAAUAUGUAGCAUGCUCUCUUCUUGGAGAGUUACCUGUUGUUCUUUGAUCAAAGAAAUUCGCUGUAUUCUCAAAGAUAGGAUAAUAUUCCUUUUGUUAACAAGAAACUGCGAAAACACUGCAUAAGACUGUCUCGUGUUUCGUACAUCUACGUAUGAAACAUUCCAUUGAUCACCUUAAGGUAUCCAUUCAUUUAUUUUCUUUUAUUCUCAGCUUUUUACUACGAAUGUACGGACUAUAUAUUUAUGGAUAAAUAAAACUAUUAAGGAACGUU